CAGCUAGAGGGGGCGUGUUCUCGGCAGGGGCGGAGCUUGGCAGCCGAGGGGCGGGCUCCGGGGGCAGUCGCCGCCAAUGGAAAUGAGCCAGAGGCGGGGCCUGCCGGCGGGGGGUGGAGCCUGCGCCCCGGGGGCGGGGCCCGGGGGCCGCCAGCGCGUCGGGCGGAGGAUCCUCGGCCCGGCAGCGGCGCAGCAGGGCCCGGAGGGACGGGCCGGACCGGGCAGCGGGACAUGGCCCCGGUGUCGUGGCUGCUGCUGGCGGCGCUGGCGCGGGUCGCGCUGUCCCAGGAGCCGGAGGAGCCGGACACGUUCACGGAGUGCACCGACGGCUACGAGUGGGACGCCGAGACCCAGUACUGCAAAGACGUGGACGAGUGCGAGACGAUCGCGGACGCCUGCAAGGGCGAGAUGAAGUGCAUCAACCACUACGGCGGCUACCUCUGCCUGCCGCGCUCCGCCUCCGUCAUCAGCGACGUCACCGCCCCGGGCCCCGCCCCCCCGGCUCCGCCGCGGCCCCCCCGGCCUCCGCCCCCACCCCUCCACAACCCCUGUCCCCCCGGCUACGCCCCCGACAGCCAGGGCGCCUGCGCGGACGUGGACGAGUGCGCGCUGGAGCUGCACGACUGCCAGCCCAGCCAGGACUGCCUCAACGCGCCCGGCGCCUUCCGCUGCGCCUGCCCGUCCGGAUACCGCAAGGUCGGCGCCGAGUGCGUGGACAUCGACGAGUGCCGCUUCCGCUACUGCCAGCACCGCUGCGUCAACUCGCCCGGCUCCUUCGCCUGCCAGUGCGAGCCCGGCUUCCAGCUGGCCUCCAACAACCGCUCCUGCGUCGACGUGGACGAGUGCGGGAUGGGGGCGCCGUGCGCCCAGCGCUGCCUCAACACCUACGGCACCUUCAUCUGCCGCUGCGGGCCCGGCUACGAGCUUGACGCCGAUGGCUUCGCUUGCAAUGACAUCGAUGAGUGCAGCUACUCAAGCUACCUCUGCCAGUUCCGCUGUGUGAACGAGCCGGGGAAGUUCUCCUGCACCUGCCCCCAGGGCUACCAGCUGCUGGGCACCCGACUCUGCCAAGACAUUAAUGAGUGCGAGACAGGCACUCAUGAAUGCACAGAGUCUCAGACCUGCUUUAACUUCCAUGGGGGCUGGCGCUGCCUGGAGAAGAACCGCUGUGUGGAGCCCUACGUCCAGGUCUCCGACAACCGCUGUGUGUGCCCAGCCUCGAACCCGCGGUGCCGGGAGCAGCCAUCGUCCAUCGUGUUCCGCACCAUGGCGCUGGCAGCCGAGCGCCCUGUCCCCGCCGACGUCUUCCAGAUCCAGGCCACCAGCGUCUACCCCGGCGCCUACAACAGCUUCCACAUCCGCGCCGGCAAUGACCAGGGCGACUUCUACAUCCGGGAUCCUGACUCCACCUCCUCCCCUGCUCCGCCACAGCAAAUCACCAAUGUGAGCGCCAUGCUGGUGCUGGCCCGGCCCCUGACGGGCCCCCGUGAGCUCGUCUUGGAUCUGGAGAUGGUGACAACCAACGCACUGCUGAGCUACCGCGCCCGCGCCCUGCUGCGCCUCACCGUGCUCGUGGGCGCCCACCCCUUCUAGCCCCCCGGGGUGGCGCUGACCCAGACCUGACCCCCUUGGCCUGGAAGAUGACAAGGGGGGGCAUUGGGGGGGCACUGGGGGGAGAGACCCGCGUAGGAAGAAAUGAUGGCGCUAA